AAGCAGCAGCAGAGAGUGGGCUCAGUCAUACUUGUGGUCUCCAAACUUCACGCUCUCAGCUGGCUUCCUGUGAAUAGCACGGAGCCGAACCCUGGGCUCUGCACUGAGCUGUAUAAGAGAGAGCAGCAGGACAGUCAGCACAGACACAGCACCCUGCAUGCAGGGAGGAGAGAGACUACUCAACACUACUAUACAGAGGUACUCACAGGGAGUUGCUGGAGGAAUAUUCUUUGUGUUGUUGUUCCUGGGGUGUGAAGGUCAUUACCACAAGGUCAGAGGUCACAGGUCAGAGGCAACAGCAGAGUGACAGGAUGUGCUGCCUAUCAACAUGGGCUCUCCUCCUAGCUUUGGGUGUCACCACUACGGCACAAGGAACAUGGAGGAGAGACAGUUUGAGAGUUGUGAGACAAAACAACCCUGCAGUGUACCACUCUGAAGAUAACUAUGAGUGGACCACUUGGUUCAACGUGGACCACCCUGGAGGUCGAGGAGACUAUGAGCAGUUGGAUGCUAUCCGUUUCUACUACCGUGCGCGGGUGUGUGACGCCCCCCGGGCUCUGGAGGCUCGCACCACUGACUGGAUCCCCGCUCGCAACACGGGGGAGAAGACUCAUGCAGAACCUACCCUGGGCUUCUGGUGCGCCAACGCUGAGCAGGCCCCUGGCCGCAACUGCUCCAACUACGCUGUGCGCUUCCUGUGCCCCAAAGGCAACACUGGGUCAGAAGGCAUACAGGAUGCCUGGGGUCCUUGGUCAGACUGGAGUCAUUGCUCUGGCAAGUGUGGUCUGGUGGCAAUGCAGGUGCGCUCCAGGAAAUGCCAGUCCCAGCCUAAGCAGUUGGAUGAGCAGUGUAGCGGACCUACAGUGGAGGGUAGAGCCUGCAAAGGACCUGAAUGCCCUGGGACUGGUUGCACACUGCACUGUGAGAUGGGUAGGGUGAAUGCGGAGUGUGACACCUGUAUGUGUCAGGACCACAUUGUACUGGGCUCUGUCCGCAGUGCUGGAGGUCUCCCUGCCCCAGGGGCCACCAUCCUCCGCUUCGGCCCCAGCUCCAAACUCCUCACCAUCACCGACCACAAUGGACACUUUCGCAUCCCAGGGAUCUGUCCUGACGGCAACGCCACACUGACCGUCCAGCUGCGGAAUCACGCCCCUCACGCUGUCAUCGUGCCCCACAGCACCGAACGCACCUCUGUCCUCAGUAUCAUGCUGAAUAGAGCAGAGAAGCUCCAUGUGGUGAAGAACCCUGAGAACAAGGCCAGAAGAGAGGGCCAGACAGCUGCUCUCUGCUGCAAAGUGGGUGGAUUACCAGAGCCAGAAGAUUACCAGUGGUUUCACAACGGCAGCCUGCUGGACAGGAAGCAGCUGAACUAUGACAGCACGCUGGUCUUAAGAAACCUGAGCAUGGAGCAGACUGGGGAGUACUACUGCAGGGCCAGCAACCAGGCUGGGGCCAUCAAGUCCAAACCAGCCGUAGUCACAGUCUUAGGUAAAGAUCAACCUUCAUGUAACCCAAAACCCGAAUCCUACCUUAUUCGCUUACCUCAUGACUGCUAUCAAAACAGCUCCGACUCACUCUAUUACGAUGUAGGAAAGUGCCACUCAGGGACUUGUGCAGGACAGCUGGACAAUGGAAUCAGGUGCAAAGACUCAGUGGCAUACUGCUGUGGGGUGGCAAAGAUGGAGGAGAAACAACUGAAAUGCCAGGGCUAUGAGCUCCCCACCAUGGUGGUGACCGAAUGUGGCUGCCAGAAGUGUGUGGAGACCAAAGUCAUUGUGCGUGGGCGGGCUGUGGCCGCAGACACUGGGGAGCCCAUGAGAUUUGGUCACGUCUACAUCAAUGGAGCCAGAGUCAGCCGCACGGGCUACAAAGGCACCUUCUCCAUCCAGGUCCCCCAUGACACUGAGAGGCUGGUGAUGACCUUUGUGGACAACAUGGAUAAGUUCGUCAACACCACCAAGGUUCUUCCAUUCAACACCAAAGGGGGCGCCGUCUACCAUGAGAUCAAGCUUUUGAGGAAGAAGGAACCAGUGACCAUCAGCUCAACAGAGCUCAACACUCUUCAGCUGGGAGAGGUGGAGGGCCAGGAUCCUAUUGCUGAGAUACAGAUCCCACCCAACUCCUUCUACAAGCAGAGUGGAGAAGUAUUUGUGGGUAAUGUGAAGGCUAGCAUCACUUUUCUGGACGCUAGAGACGUGUCCACAGCAGCAGCCGCACAGAGUGACCUCAACUUCAUAGGAGAUGAGGGUGACACCUUGCCCCUGAGAACAUACGGUAUGUUCUCAGUUGACUUCAGGGACGAGGAGGCCGGAGAACCACUGAACGCCGGAGAGGUGAAGGUGAAAAUGGAUUCAACACAGGUGAAAAUGCCCGAGCACCUGGACACCAUGAAGCUGUGGUCCUUGAACCCCGACACAGGCAUGUGGGAGGAGGAGGGGAGCUUCCAGAUGGAGAAGAAGCAACGUGGUAAAAGGGAAGAGAGGACCUUCCUCAUUGGGAACAUGGAGAUCAGAGAGAGGAGGCUGUUUAACCUGGACGUCCCAGAAAACAGGAGGUGUUACAUCAAGGUGCGAAGCUUCCGCAGCGAUCGCUUCAUGCCCAGUGAGCAGGUAGAGGGAGUGGUGGUGACCCUGAUCAACAUGGAGCCAACUGCAGGUUACUCCUCCAACCCUCGUGCCUGGGGACGCUUUGACAGCGUCAUCACUGGCCCCAAUGGUGCCUGUCUGCCUGCCUUCUGCGACGACCAGAAACCUGACGCAUAUUCUGCCCACGUCAUGGCCAAUAUGGGAGGAGAAGAACUCGAGGCAGUCCCAUCUGCUCCCAAGUUUAACCCCAACAUCAUUGGAGUCCCUCAGCCAUACCUGGGUAAGCUGAACUACAGACGGUCAGACCACAAUGACCCCAAGUUAAAGAAGACAGCCUUCAGCAUCAAUGUGGCCAAGCCCAGCCCAAACACAGCUGAAGAGCUCAAUGGACCUGUGUACUCAUUUGACCAACUGAAAGAGUGUGAGGAAGCCCCAUUUACUGCAGGCCACUUCCGCUUCACCAGAGUGGAGGGAGAUCGCUACGACUACAACACAGUGCCUUUCAACGAAGACGAUCCUAUGAGCUGGACAGAAGACUACCUGAGCUGGUGGCCAAAGCCCAUGGAGUAUCGAGCCUGCUAUGUCAAGGUCAAGAUCAAUGGUCCCCAUGAGAUCAACAUGCGCUCCCGAAACCAGGGCGGCACUCACCCCAAGACCGUUGGCCAACUGUAUGGCCUCCGCGACACCCGCAGCAUCCGCGACAUGGACCAGUCCACCGUCUCUGCUGUGUGCCUGGAGUUCAAGUGCAGCGGCAUGCUCUAUGACCAGGACCGAGUGGACCGCACUCUGGUGAAGGUGAUCCCUCAGGGCAGCUGUAAGAGGGACAAUGUUAACUCCAUGCUUCAAGAGUACCUGGUUAAUCACCUGCCUCUAGCCGUCAACAACGACACCAAUGAGUUCACAAUGCUGGCACCACUGGACCCUCUGGGCCACAACUAUGGCAUCUACACAGUGACAGACCAGGACCCCCGCACUGCCAAAGAGAUAGCACUGGGACGCUGCUUUGAUGGCACCUCUGACGGUACUUCCCGUGUCAUGAAGAGCAACGAGGGAGUGGCACUUACCUUUACCUGUGGCAACCGUGAGGUGACCCGUCAAAGCGUGUUCCAGGCUCUGCAGAACUCCCCCGGGCAGUCCCCGGCGAGGGCAGUGAGGGAUGGCCGAGGCAGGAAGCAGAGAGCAGGAGCAAACGCACUUCGCAACAGCCGUAGACGCAGUACUCGGAAUCCCACUGCCACACGCACCUCAGGCUAAAGCACAGCACUACAGAUCAGGGUCUCCACAUCACAAUCACAUUAGACAUGUUGUCAAAUUAAUAAAGAAAGUGGGUAUUGGUGAUGGGAUUCAAAUGUAUAUUUUAGCCCUUCAGUAAAGAUACCCAAGUUUUUUGUCUUCAUUAUGUACUGUUUGAAUAACAUUUGAUGUGUUAUUGAACUAUGUUUUUUGAUUGUGAGUAAGGCCCAUAACAAAAUAUUUGUUCAGUUAUGAAUUUAUGGUUAUCUAUAACACAGGUAUCUCCCAGGGAACAAUUGGUGGAGAUUUUAACUGCAAAUAUUGUUUUUUCUUCACCUGUACUGUGAUGAAUAUUUACUACUUGAAAUUGUAAAUAAUGGGAUAUUUAUUACACAUGCCAUUCAGGAUUGUAACCAGUGAUUAAGACACCACGCCCCAAAUAAAACAAGAACAACCCUAGAA